AUGUUCUCUACGGAGACGUCCUGUCUCCGGCUGCCGGCGAUUCUCCCAAGGCCCUCGUUGGUCGCGCCGCACGCUUCUCCUGAUGGCACCACCGUGGGCACCGUAGCUGUUGCCUCCGGGCCGCCGCCCUCCUGGGGGAAGCCGCGGCUUAUUGCCAUCCGUAGGCCGAGCUCCGUGCGUAGUGGGAUCGCCGAAGCGGUCUCUUGUGAACCAGAGGGGGACGCGGGGAGCGCACCACGGUUGGUGAGGAUAGUAGCGGUCGUCGGAGAGGGAACCGUCAGCCCGCUCAAAGGUGCCUCAUGGGAGCAGGUUAUGCUUCACACGGUAAAUGGGCCGAUUCCGGAUGAAACUUCCGACUCUUCUGUCGGUUCUAUGAUUUUAUCUUUUAUUUUUUGCUAAAAUUCAUCAUUAUACGAACACCAGAGUCGACAUCAGCAGUAUCAUCCAUAAAUUUUCCUUGAUAUACAACAUCCAGAAAGUUACGUAUUAAUUUAGGCAUGGACAGAUGCUGAAAAGAAGAAGAUCUUCUAAUGUCCAGCUGCUAUUCUCCCGGAAGAUUCAGUAGAUGCUUCUCAUCGGAACGGAUCCUUCUUAUCUAGGUCAAAUACACAAUUAUAGGUUCGAGGUCCGGUGAUUUUAGAUCGCCACCGCUGGCUAUCAGUCCAUUACCGAGCUUCUCAGGCGGUAUCGUGCUCCAAACAAGAUGACCCAUCAAUCAGUUCCACUUGAGCUGCUUAUGAAGGUGCCAGAAAUUGGACCCCGUCAUUGGGGGGGAGGGGACGGGCGAAGAGUUGGAAUCCGACGUGGGUCAUUUUUUCUAAGCACAAUAUAAUCACCCAAACGUUGAAUAAUCCCAACUUCCCCAGAACGAUGCGCCAAGACUGUUUGCUGCAAUCAGAGCUUUCCUUUUGAUAAUUUCUUGAGAAGAAUGAAAGAAAAACGUUCGUUUUCACCAUCGCUUUCUUAGUAUUAUCUUGGCGCAGAAAACCAGCAGCAUGUAUGGAUGGCUACAUGCUUUAUUUCCUUUUCGAAACUGUUUUGUUCCUCAGGUAGAGUUCUUAACCCCCAUUCCCUCUCCUCCCAUUCGUGUUACAGGCUGAAAGGUUGAGGUGGGCUGACGAAAGCUGUGAAAUGCUUGUGUAUACCGAUGCGGAUCGGGAUGACCUGAGAGGGGAACUAGCCCGCGCAGACAUACUGUUGAUGAUCUCUGUUUCUAACCAGGAAGCCAUUGACUGGGUUCGAGCGAACAGCGCGCACAUACCCAACGUCAUCUCCUUCGAAUCAGCGUCUCCAUCUCUGAAAAACAAGCUCGGCGGAUCGUUUGUCUCCAUGGAUGGAAAGGCGAGUCUGGCGCAGGCAUUGUUCGGUACUCUGAAAGGGGAGCGCAGAGACGAAUCGCCCGAAGUUGUUAAAACCUUGUCCGAUGCGUGGGGGCGCCAUAAUUCGGAUGAUAUCAGAUUCUGCAUCCUGGUGAUAAUCAACGCCUACAUAAGACCGGUGUCCUCACUAAAGAAUCUGAGAGCCAAGGGCUUCUCCACGCUCAAUUGCAUGAUCAAGAACUGCGGAUCGGAAGUGCUCAACUGCUUGCUGGAUCCCAAGUGCAGGAAGGCACUUCAGUGCCUCAAUGGUUGCUCUCCCACGGACCAGGUCUGCAAUUACCGUUGCAUUGCCUCCUAUGAGAGUCCGAAUUUGGAAGCUUUCUCUCUGUGCGUGCUUCAGAAGCACAAUUGCCUCGGAUUAGAUAGCGACAUCCCGGAGAGGCCUUUUGUGCCUCCGAUGGAGCGGUUCAGGGGAGAGCCUCUUACCCAUGAAACCGCGGAGGACCUGUUUGUGGGAUGGCUUGGGGAGCUUCAGUGGAGCUGGCGGGUCGUCGCCGGCCAGAACCCCGCGUACGAUCAGUUUCCCUGUCAGUAUCAGCUCUUCUACAGGGGGAAAGCAAAGGGGUCUUUCUGGUACGAACCAGUCUUCCGGGUGAAGACCCUGGAAGGGGAGAUGGUGUGGAGGAGGAGGAGAUACAGGGUGCGCAGAGCUGAGGAUCCGGGUACCUUCCAUUUAUCCGUCCUGGACAACGGCGUCAUCUCGAAGGAGUUCUGGACAGUGGUUGACGUCUCCGAUGACCUCAGCUGGGGAUUAUUUCAUUACAGGGGUGCGGCGGCGGCGGCCGGCCAGUCGUACGCCGGAGCUGUGCUUGUGAGCCCCGACGGCAGGUACCCACCUGGCAUGGGAGGCAGCCGCCUCGCUUCGGCCCUGGACAAGUGCCGCAUAAAGAACUGGGAACUCUAUGAAGUUGACAAUGACGACUGUGAGUCCGCGGAUGCCCCUCUGUUGAUUCCUGAAGGCUCGAGCUUUCACCGGAACAUUAAGGUGAGAGACGAGACUUGGGCUUCUACGUAG